UGGCCCGAAAAAGGCAGAGGGAAGAUUCCGCCUUGCGACGCUGGGUGGGGGUGUUGGCCACGGAGCCGCAGGUUCCUCCGCCCGCCCCGGCUGUGCAGGCAGCGGGAGACAAAAAGCAGCCGCGGGAGCUGCUGGGGAAGGGCGGCGGGGCACGGAGCCGGGGUGCUCGGGGGCUUUCCGAGCCCCUUCUGCCGCCACCCCUGAGCCAGAGCGCUCUGCCUCGGACGCCGGUGAGAAAAAAUGCUGGGAGCCGCGGAGGAGGGUGGAUGGCUUUGGUGGAGAGUGAUGGCGAGCGGGAGACGGAGCGGAGGCAGCGAGAGGCAAGUGCUCUUGUUUCUUCUGUGCGUUUGCGUGUGUCAGAGCGGGGCCGAGCGCCUCCGCUACUCUGUGGCGGAGGAAAUGGAGAGGGAGUCCUUUGUCGCCGACAUUGGCAAGGAGCUGGGGGUGGCUGCGAGCCAGCUGGCGGCUCGCAAGGCCCGCGUUGUGUCCGAGGGGAACGAGCAGCUUUUCCGCCUGGAUCCGAGCAGCGGCGUCCUGACGGUGAAGGAGUCGCUGGACCGAGAGCAGCUCUGUCCGCAGAGCGAGACGUGCACGCUCUUCUUUAAGGUAUUCCUUGAGAAUCCGAUGCAGUUGAUCCGAGGGGAGGUGGAGGUUCGUGACGUGAACGACAAUUCCCCCGUGUUUCCGAAGAAGGAGGUGGUUUUAGAGAUUCUGGAAACGACAGCUCCCGGUUCCCGUUUCCCUCUGGAAAGCGCCCAGGACAGGGACGUGGGCAUGAACGGUUUGCAGAACUACAGCCUCGGCUCCAAUUCGCAUUUCUCCCUCCAUGUCGGAACAGGGAAAGAAGGCUUUAAAUACACGGAACUAAUCCUAGAGCGUCAGUUGGACCGCGAAGAGCAGCGAGAGCUGAAUUUAGUGCUCACGGCCACCGACGGGGGCUCGCCACCCCGCUCGGGCACGGCUCAGGUCCGGAUCGUGGUGCUCGAUGCCAAUGACAACACCCCAGUCUUCGCUCGGGAGGUGUACGAGGUGCGGCUGGCCGAGAACAGCCCCCCGGAGCAGCUGGUGGUCAGAGUGGUGGCCACGGAUCCCGACGAAGGCUCCAACGGGCAUGUACGUUACGCCUUCACCCAGACACCGGAGCGGACCGUGAAGCUCUUCGAGCUGAACCCUGCCACGGGGGAGAUUCGGGUGGCGGGCAACCUCGACUUCGAGGAAGCGAAAACACAUCAGUUGGUGGUGAGAGCCACCGACGGCGGGGGUUUCUCUGCCCAUUGCAAAGUGCACGUGGAGGUCCUGGACGUGAACGACAACGCCCCGGAGAUAGCGCUCACGUCCGUCAGCGCCUCCAUCGCCGAGGACGCGGCGCCGCGCACCGUGGUGGCCCUGUUCAGCGUGCGGGACCGGGACUCCGGGGACAACGGCAGGACGGAGUGCUCGAUCGCCGGGGACCUGCCGUUCAGCCUCAGCCCCACGUUCGACAGCUACUACGAGCUGCGAACCAACGCGGCGCUGGACAGGGAGAGGACGGCGGAGUAUAACAUCAGCAUCACGGCGCUGGACUGGGGCAGGCCGCGGCUGAGCUCGCGGGCAAGCAUCUUCGUGCGGAUCUCGGACGUGAACGACAACGCGCCCGAGUUCGCGCAGCAGGUGUACACGCUGUGGGUGACGGAGAACAACAGCCCGAUGGUCCGGAUCGGCAGCGUGAAGGCCACGGACGCCGACGCGGGGGAGAACGCCCGCGUCAGCUACGCGCUGGUGCGGCAGGAGGGCAAGGAGCAGCCCGCCGUGUCGGUCAACGCUGUGAGCGGGGACGUGUACGUGCUGCGGGCGCUGGACUACGAGGAGGUGCGCGGCCUGGAGGUGGCGGUGCGCGCUGCCGACGGCGGCUCGCCGCCGCUGAGCGCGCAGGCGGUGCUGCGCGUGGUGGUGCGCGACGAGAACGACAACGCGCCCGUGGUGCUGCACCCGCCCCCCGGCAGCAGCGCGUUGGCGGGCGAGCUGGUGGCGCGCGGGGCGGCGGCGGGCGAGCUGGUGGCCAAGGUGGUGGCGGUGGACGCGGACGCGGGGCAGAACGCGUGGCUGUCGUACGAGCUGGCCAAGGCGACGGAGCCGGGGCUGUUCCGCGUGGGGCUGCACAGCGGCGAGGUGCGCACGGCGCGGGCCGUGGCGGAGAGGGACGCGGCCCGCCAGAGGCUCGUGGUGCUGGUGCGAGACCGCGGGCAGCCGCCGCGCUCCGCCAGCGCCACCCUGGCCAUCGCCCUGGUGGACGGCUUCUCCGACGCGCACUGGCGGCGGAGCGAGGAGGCGCCGGCCGCCGAGCCCGACGGGCCCCUCACCCUCUACCUCAUCGCCUCGCUGGCCUGCGUGUCGGCGCUCUUCGUGGCCAGCGCCGUGGCCGCCGUGGUGCUGAGGCUGCGGCGGGCCAGGGCCGAGCCCUUGCCCACCUUCCCGACGGCUGUGACGGAGAGCACGGCGGGCUCCCUGCCCCGCAGCUACGUCUACGACAUCUGCUUCGCCGGCGGCACCGUCAACAGCGACUUUCGCUUCCUCAGGCCGCUCUUGCCCUGCUUCCCCGCCGGGCUGCCCCCCGGCCCGCCCGACCAGCGCAGCUCGGUGUGCUCGCAGGAGGCCACCAACCUCGGCGACGAAGGCGACUGGGCCGCACAGGGCAGAGCUCCCCUCUCCGAAGACACAAGGCCCAGAGCUGUGGAAGCAGCUUGUGCUGGAAACCAGGGGAUGGAGCAAAAUGUCAGUUCUGAUCCAAACCCUUGGCUCAGCCAUCAGUGAGGGAGGAGAAAGACAAGCAUGUCUGUCCUCACGGGCUAACAUCCUCAGAGGGGAAAGAAAACAGAGAGACCAAACUUCCACCAAACACGUACCAUGGAGGUGCAAGUCUUCUCUGUGGGAGAGCAAACCCACUCUUCCCUUGAGCAGUACUUUAUUCCUAUUUGUAUUUUCUAUUUCUUAGAUGGAUAGAGGAGGAGAAGGACUGUGUUGCAUGCAAAUUACACCUAGACUUGAUGUAUGAUUGUGAGAGCUACUGCUUCUACAUGUCAGGGGAAAUCCUGGGAAAAACACCUUAGAGCAUCCAGACAUCUUUCCUUUGCCACUUCUUCUUUAUUUUUUCUUUUUCCCUUAUGAAGAGAGCUCUGUAGGAAUGUCUUAAUUUUAGGCAGAGUAUUCAAUACCAGGCCAACCAGAUAUGAAGCAAAGUUAAUGAUGCUUAUGAAGUAAUUAAUAAAAAGUUUAGAAAAAGCUGAUUCCUUUACACACAGUGGACAUUGGCCCCCUUUGCUGAUAUGACCAGGAGCUGAAAGUUCUCCAGACUGCAAAGAAGGGCUUUCCAGCAAUGUAUCCCCGUCUGGUUUUGUUGUUGCUUUUGGUUUUUUUCUUACUAUAAGUUUAAAAUGAAUGUUUCAGGAACUUUUAGUGCAGCGUAGUAGAGAAUUAAAUGCACAGUUUGUGUUUUUCAAGUAAAAUUGACUAAAACACUUUCAACAAACUUCAGGCACUGUAGAACACAGGGCAUCAAGAAGAUUCCUGGUUUCUUUGCCUUCACUUCUCGCUAUUAUUGCUCGAUAAAUCAUGUGAUAUUUCCUGUUGCUCACACAUGUGUAAGAGUCAAUUGCCUGAUGAGAGAAACCAAUAAAACCCACUUUGAACUCCCUUGGUGAGUGUGCUGUCUCGAAGGUCACUCCUCGCAGUCAUUGCCGAGGAAAUAGCCACCUAGCAGCAGCAUUUCGGGAACACAUCCAUGCGUUCUGAGUGGACUGUAUGCAGGGGAUAUGAGAGAGAGCUGGGAUCAGGCCCGGAGCGAGGUGCAGGGCGGUUUCCUGAGCCCAGCUGAGGCCAUUGCUGGGCGUGUGUUGGAGGGGCGGGGAGGAGAAAGCUCCCAAGGAGGGAGAGACCAGUGAGCACCAGUCGGAUGCUGCGUGGCUGCCAUCAGCUGCGAGCUCAGCUGAAAGAUCUCGGUUGCCCUGUUGGGAGCCUUUCGAAGGGAUGUGCUGGGAAUUGCCACAUGGAGAACCGCGUGAAAAUGCAGCCCAAGGCAGAACUGGAGACAUGAGGCAGGGAGGCGGUCCCGGAGAUCCAUCCCUGGGGGAUUUGGGAGGAUUUCACCGCAGGUGUGGGGUGGGUCAGGCAGAGCCCGUUGGUUGGUACGCACCGAGUUAAUACGGCGAGAAAGCAACGUUUGCAUUGAUCAGAGUGAUGGGGAAAGCGUUAACUGGGCUGAAUGCAGAGUGGGAGAGGAGGCUGGAUGCUCUCUUGGAAAAGGCACCAAAAAUGAUUCUG